UCGUGGAACCCUUCCGCGUCAAUAAUGGACGGGACUGCAUGAACCUCAGAUAAACUAGAUACCUACUGUCUGGACCACGGGAUGGAGAUGGUUCUAGCCAACAGGCACUCGCCUAGACACGGAGAAAAGCUACUGGCAUUCAUCGUUUCGCAGGCCCCUUACUUGGAUGUCCUGGCCUGUGAUCGGAUCAUGGACCGUCUUCCUUCCUCCCUGCGAAUAUAUCGAACCGCACCAGACUUGUUAGUCUGAGAUGGAGGCAACUUUCCUUCAUGCACACAUCCCGUUUAGGUGUCGAUGCUCGAGGGUUCCGUGUGGGGGGUCAGCAGGUAUCAAGAAUCAGGGCGAACGGAUGUCGAAAGUUAUCAACCUUCAUUUCAAUUUUCGGAGCUGGUUGCGAAAUGGAAGGAGCAGCAGCAGCAGCAGCAGCAGCAGCAGCAGAAGCAACAGCAAGGCCAAGGUAGACGGCGCCUCCGUACCCCCAAGCCCUUUAAACAAGCAACUAUAGAUUGCAAAGCAGGUAACUCUCAAGCCGUCUGGCGGUCAUUGCUCCGCCGAGAAGCUCUAUCAUUGGCAUCAUCUGCAGCCCGAGAGACCUGGCGACCACUCCCGGGAAUUGGAAGUUGGACCACACAGUGACUCCUACUCCAUCCGGCCGGGCUAGCAGUAACAGUAAAUGUCUCCCAGCCGUUUCGAUUGAGCAAAGGGGAUCUCCACCUACGCACUAGUAGAGGGUUGCAAAAUGACGUGGGUUCUCCGUAAACCACUGCACCAGACGUCGGCCACUCGUUACUCUUUCGGUUGACGGGCCUAAAGCAUCAAA